AUGAGCGACGCAGCUUUCGGUGGACUUUCAGCCGUCAGCCGUCGCACGGCCGCCUCACCUUUUUUACUGGCGGAGUCGAUGCCGACCAGCACGAACGACGACGGACGCUGUGAGAGCGGCCGGCGGCGACGGGUCCAGGCCGGUCGGAGGCCGUCUGAGACCUCUGUGGCUACACUGCCCGAGGCGCUGCUGCUCUGGGCCGAGAGCGACCCCGCCGCAUUUGACGAUGAGCAGCAGAGCGGGGAUGACUCGGCCGGCGUGGCGGGUUACCUGCCUGCGCAGCGGAUUGCUGAGCUGCUGCGGCUCGCAGUCGAGAAUGGCGACGUGCCGUACGAGGGCGACCUCUCCGAGGACGAGGUGGACUCCGCACUGAACGAGCUGUGGCAGCUGCAGCGCACCGGCUCGGCCCAAGGCGUGUCGCGGGCCGCAGCACGGCGAGAGCGGCGCAGCCAGGCGUCGGCAAAGGUCCAGAACGUGCUGCACGAGAUGCUUGCUGCUGAUACGGUGGCCGCUGCGCAGCAUGUGGCCAAGGACAUGCUCGAUGCUGCUGGUAACGAGCUCGUCGCCAACGGGCUCCUGCCGUUGCUCGAGGCGCUCGCCGCCGCGUCCACCGCGGAGACCUCGCGCACGGCAGGCCUUGAUGUCCAGAUGAUUGCCACCGCUGCCGACGACGUACUCGCCGACGUGCAGGCGGCGUCGGCGAGACUCGCGGCGGGGGGGGGACGCUCUGCUCUCGGUGCUUGCGUUCCGACCAAGCGCAUUGCGACGCGCAACUCGCCCGCGCCGUCGCAGAAGAGACAGCGGCGCCGCGAGCAGUCCAUGGAGGAGUGCGCCGCAGAGCGUCGCGAAGAGGAGAGGAGCAGCACGAUGCUUGAUGUUGUGGUGAUUGUCCUCAACGAGGCUACACGCAAGCUGGAACGUGCUGGGCUCAUGGCGUUCGUGUGCGCCGAGCUCACGCUGCUGCAGCGCUCUCAAGACGCCGCCCAGCGGCGGCUGCGCUCCUUCUCGGCGCCGAGCAUCCGCAAGGGCAUGCGCCGACUGCAGGAGGUUCACGUCAACGUUGUCGGUCCGAUCGUGGAUGGCCAGUCGCUGACGUUGGACGGUGACGCCUUCCUCAAGCAGUGCAGCCGCGCCGCGCCAGUCGUGGCCCGGCUUUGGCGCAGCAUGGUCACGCCGGAAGAUGGGAGGGGCGACGGCGGGUGGCGGAGGAAGGUGCUGCGUUCGAUUUUCGCGCAGGCCUCGCUGUUCCGCAUCGCGCGUGUGCGCGACCCGAUCGCAAACAACCCCACCUCGCUGCUCUUCCACGGCGUGCUCGAGCAAGCCGGCGCGUCGCGGGGUAUCGGCCGCGUCAUUGCUGCUGCGGGGCUCGCGCCAGACUGGGCUCGUCUUGAUGGCGCACAUACGCGUGGGCAACGCGACGACGACGCGGCACGUGCCUAUGGCCGCGCUUCGGUACACCGGCUUCCUCGCGCAGACGGGGCAUCGGCGGGGACGGAGUAG